GAUCGGGGCGCCGGGGUUUCCGGAAGUGACGUCAGCAGCCGUGGCGAUGGAGGACGUGUUGGAUCUCAGCGAGGAGAAGCGCCGCGGAUCGGCCUCUUCCGGAGCAAAAAUGGGUCGUCGAGCUCAUCAGGAGUCACCUCAAACAGAGAAUCAGCUUGCCAAGAAAAAUUCUAAUUUGUCUGGAGAGGGUCCCCCACCAAAACCAGCCCGACGGCAAGGAGGAUGGGCAGAUGAUUCUGUGAAAAUCUCAAAGUCAGGAAGAAAGAUUAUUGAAGAAAUAGAAGACCAACGCCUCAGACAACGGAGCAUGGAAGGAUCUGAUGAUGGAGGAGAUAUUCCAGUAAUACCAGAUCUAGAAGAGGUACAGGAAGAAGACUUUGUUCUGAAGGUGGCUGCCCCUCCUAGCAUCCAAGUAAACCGUGUGAUGACUUAUCGUGACUUAGACAAUGACCUGAUGAAGUACGCUGCCUUCCAGACAUUAGAUGGAGAGAUCGAUCUGAAACUUCUCACCAAAGUCCUUGCUCCAGAGCAUGAAGUUCGAGAGGAUGACGUCAGCUGGGACUGGGAUCACCUCUACACCGAAGUGUCUUCAGAGCUUCUCACCGAGUGGGAUCUUGGACAGUCAGAGAAAGAAGAGCCCGUUGGGCAGCCCAAGCACACCUGAACCCUUGGCCGGACUAUAGCCCAUUUCACCCCUGUACAUAAUAAUCACUGUUUUUUUUUUUCAGACAAAAUGCCUGAAACUAAAGAAAGUCAAAUGCUGGCAGGAGCCCAGAUUUUUAUAUCGAAUAUUUUGUGAUACGAAUAUUUAUGUGUGCUCUGCGGGAAACAUUAGACCACAAGUGAAAUUUUCGUGGGGUUAGGGACAAGGUGGGAACUGCCCCAGAUACAACCCUGAACAGAGCAUUCUACUAUUCAGUUGAUGAUGUUGGCAAAGACAUUGUUACCAGUAGGGCUCACUUAAUGCAAAUAAUAAAUCCUUGGAAAUGGUCUCA